AAGUCGUGUUUGCUGGGCCUGCAUGAUUGAUUUAUAUAUAUAUAUAUGACGUCGUUGUCCAUAUGUGAUGACGUAUUCAAACAAUGAAACAUAGUCAUGAUUAUAUUAUUUAUUUGGAUUUAUUAUAAUAUCCAACUAUGAUUUGUAGCUUGAUAUUUUGGAUGUUAUUAUUGUGUUAGCGUAAGUAAAUAAUUAUAUGUUGUGCUGAAGCAAUUAUGAUCCCGUUCAAUUGUCGACUGUAGAAAACAAUUUCUGCUCAUUCAACCACCAUAUAAAUAGCAUCUAGACUUCACCAACUGAAGAAGACGAUGGUCGCUCAAAACCUCCUCUUGAUAUCUUGGAAACCUGUGUUGCUGCUUGCAGCCCCUCCGCCUGCGGCAUUCUCGGCAACAUCAGCUACCCUUUCCGCCUCAAGGGCGAUCCCAGCAAGUGCGGUGGCAGAUUGGAAUUAGCAUGCGAAAACGAGGUGGCCUCCAUCUCUCUCUAUUCUCACAGAUACUAUGUGAAAGCAAUCAACUACAUGAACCACACCAUCAGGGUGACUGAUGCUUCCAUCAACAACCACACCUGCUCUUUCCCCAUCCAUUCUUUAGACUACUACCCUCAUCCAUACUCUCCUGCUGAAACACGCCAUGUUCAUUUCAUAAGCUGCCCAACUCCCUUGAACAAUUCUUCCAUCUUUACCCACAUAACCGCUCAUUGCGCUUCAAAUUCAUCCCACCCCGCCUUUGCUUAUGUCAAGGCCGGCAGAAUGACCCCCUCAGACGUACCACCUGCGUGCCGGGUAGAUCUCGUAGUCAUGACUUCAUGGGCAUUUAACGAUUCCAACAACGCAUCACUUUCAGAAAUCCAUGAAUCUCUCUUGUAUGGAUUCGAAAUCAAUUUCUGUGGCGACUGCAAAGAAUUGACUUCGGGCAUUUUCGGUUUAUUGGGUAAGGAUUGCAUUGAUUUGUCUUGUGUUUAUGAAUGUUAUCUACUCUUGAUAAUCCUCAUCAUCUAUAUCUUCAGGGUAUCUCUCGAUUCUGCUCUGCAUCUUAGGUGCACCCCCCAGUUUUUGUUUCAUUAUCCAUUAAUCAAACACAGAAUUAGGAUGCAAUUAAUUGUUAUUUUGUUUGAAAAAGUUGCAGGUCUUAUACUUGCAGGGAUAGCCUUUCCUGUGACGAUCUUCCUUGGAUUUGCACUCUCAUUAUAUGUUCUCUUCCGAUUAAUACUCUCCAAACACACCGGAGCUCACAUAUUAAUCCCAUCAAUCACUGGCCUCAUCAUCACUGCACCAAAAGUAAUCAUUUGUCCUUUGGUAGUUUGGUUCUUGAUCUACAAAUGCCGGAGAAGGCAUUUGUCUACGUAUGAAGCAAUAGAAUCCUUCCUACAAAGCGACAACAAACUCACUCCAAUCAGAUACUCCUAUUCCCAAAUUAAGAAGAUGACUCAAAAUUUUCAAGACAAACUAGGUCAAGGCGGCUACGGUUCUGUUUACAAAGGAAAGCUCCGAAGUGGCCUUCAUGUUGCUGUCAAACUGCUUGGAAAAUCCGGUGGAAAUGGGCAAGACUUUAUGAAUGAAAUCGCAACUAUUGGAAGGAUUCACCAUGUCAAUGUGGUGAACCUAGUUGGAUACUGUGCACAUGGCUCCAAGCGUGCUCUUGUCUUUGAUUUCAUGCCCAAUGGUUCCCUUGAAAAGUACCUCUUUAAUCGUGAAGGAAUGAAUUCACUAAAUUUGGAUACAAAGUUUGAGAUUGCAGUUGGAGUUGCUCGUGGGAUUGAGUACUUGCAUCGAGGGUGUGAUGUUCAGAUCCUCCAUUUUGACAUCAAACCUCAUAAUAUACUUCUUGAUCAUAACUUCAUCCCAAAAAUAUCUGAUUUUGGACUAGCGAAAUUUUGCUCUACAGAUAAGAAGACAGUGACCAUGACUGCCGCCAGAGGAACCAUAGGCUAUGUUGCUCCUGAACUCAUCAGCAGAAGUAUUGGUGCAGUCUCUUACAAGGCUGAUGUUUAUAGUUUCGGAAUGCUGCUGGUGGAAAUGGUGGACUUAAAGAGAGACUUGAGCGGAGACAAUGGAGAUUCCAGCAAGUAUUUCCCGUAUUGGAUAUAUGAUUGGUUAAACCAAGGUAAGGACAUUGAAAUUGGAAAUGCUGAUGAAAAUGAUAGUACAAGGAAAGUUGGUCGGAAGAUGACAAUAGUUGCAUUAUGGUGCAUACAAAUGAAUCCAGAUGAUCGCCCAUCAAUGAAUAAAGUAUUGGAAAUGUUGGAAGGUGAUGUCGAGCGUCUGCAAAUUCCAAAUUAUCCAUCUCAAUCAGCCCACAAUAUUGUAGUAAAUGUUGAUGAAAUUGGGACUACAUGUUCAACUGAUUCUUCAUCAUUAUUGCUACAUCAGAACGGUGCUUUGAACAUUGGUGUUACUGUUGAAUAUUUGCCCACACGAGGAAAUGGCCUUAUAGCUGUUGCUUAAUUUGUUUAUGCGCAACUGCUAAAACUACUUAACUACAGGUCCAUCUAUAAGUGUAUUCCCUCUUGUACUUUUAUAAGUGUGGGGUCAUAAUUUGGAAUUGUAACUUGCGUUUAAUUAUAGAUAAAAUGAAAAAUUCUCAUUUUGAGAUAAAAAAAAAAGAAAUCCAUUACUGUAAUAAUAUAUAAAUAAGAUUC